UUAUUAGAUAAGAAUAUAAAUAGAAAUUUACAUUAUUUGGAAAAAAUAACAAAUUUGAUUAAAACACGAAACUGGGUUAAUUAGAUAAGUCACUCAACAUAUAAUAUGAAGUAUUAUUAAUUUUAAUCCAGAUAGGAGUCGUUGGGCGGUUUGGAUCAGCCGAUCAGAGAUCUGAAAGUCAGAGAUCCUCUUCCCCUUGUCUUCCCACUUCCUUCCCUUUCAUAAUGCUCUCCCACCUCUCCCCUCCGAUCACCAUCCACUUCCUCUUCCCCCGCUCCCUCUCUGCUCAAUCUUGCAUCUCUCUACAUAUACCCACGUCCAUGCGACUCACUUCUCUUUCAUAAAGAUCCAGGCACAAAAAAUGGCAGCCAAUCUUGGAUCCAUGUCGCGUAAUUUUACAGACAAAAGCAAAGAAAGGUUGCUAUCUCGAAAGGGGUACUCGGAAUUAGGUAUUUUCAAUGAAUCCUAUAUCUCCACCAACAACGAAGAUACUUCGCUUCUCGGUAAACUCCAGGAAUGGUGGACCAAUGUUCGACUGUUCCUUGUUAACGCUUACGAGAUGGGCCGCUCCGAUCCCAGACAGUUCAUCUUUGCUGCUAAAUCGGGAUUGGCACUUGCUAUCGUCUCUGUUCUUAUAUUCUUCAAAGAACCCUUUACUUAUAUCACUCAGUAUUCCAUCUGGGCAAUCCUUACUGUCAUCGUCGUCUUCGAAUUCAGCAUAGGAGCAACACUUAGCAAAGGAUUUAACCGUGCUUUGGGGACAUUUUCUGCCGGCGUUCUUGCAUUAGCUAUCGCUCAAGUUUCCAUGUGGGCUGGGGAGUGGCAAGAGGUCGUGAUUGUGGUCAGCAUUUUUGUUGCAGGUUCUAUAUCAAGCUAUGUGAAAAUGUACCCAUCAAUGAAGCCAUACGAAUACGGGUUCCGAGUCUUCAUGUUAACAUUCUGUAUAGUACUCGUGUCAGGGACUUCACAUUUUGUCCAAACAGCUGUUUCACGAUUGUUGUUAAUUGGAGUAGGGGCAGGUGUGUGUUUGAUUGUUAAUAUAUGUGUUUAUCCGAUUUGGGCUGGUGAAGAUCUGCAUAAAUUGGUAGUCAAGAACUUUAGGGGCGUUGCUACUUCCUUAGAAGGAUGUGUUAACAAUUACCUUCAACAUUUUGGAUACGAAAGAAUACCUUCAAAAAUCUUGGUCUAUCAGGCCUUGGAUGACCCUUUAUAUAGUGGAUAUAGAUCGGCAGUACAGUCUACAAGUCAAGAAGAUGCUCUGCUGGGGUUUGCUGUUUGGGAACCACCACACGGACGUUACAAAAUGCUGAGAUAUCCAUGGUCAAAUUAUGUCAAAGUCAGUGGUAACUUUGGUCCUAGUAUUAUCAUUAAUUAA